GGGGGGCGGAGGUAAUUUUAGGUUGCUUGUUAUGCGAGACUGAAACCACAUGCUAAGUAGACUCAUUGCAUUGCAUUUUUUUAAGCGGAAACCAUAGAAGAAUAAAUUAUAGCUUUAUUGAUUUUAUUUGUGUGAAUGUCAAAAUAGUAGUAGAGGGCACCACACGUGCAAGUAAGCAGAUAAUUAUUUUAGAACGAUGACGACUCUCUCCCACUGAAAGCUUUGUGUGUUGUAUAUACAGGUGUGUUACCUGCUGUAGUCUCAUCAGGAAAGGGGCUGGGUUUGCACUUUCUAGAAUUCGUUUACAGUCCGGUUUGUCAGAAUUCUUCAGUGCUAUUCGUUCAAAUGGAAAAUGUUUUUCUAUACGUCCAGCCUCGAUGAUAAGGAUUCCGUCGGCUUCGCUCUCUCUCUCUUUCUCUCGAAUCAGCUGUUAGCUAGAAGAGAAGCGUGAAUACAUUGUGUACCCGACUCGUGUUACAUGAACUCGUUCUUUAGUUUAAAAUAUAUAUUUUUUAUUAAUCUCUUAGGAGUGUACUUUUAGAUUUUUUUUCUCCAGAUUUUGAUUCUUAUUUGUAUAUAUAUAUACAUAUAUAUAUUUUUUAAAAUAAUUGACUGCGUUGUAUUUUCUUUGUAACAUAACAGCGCAGUCACGGAGAGCCAACGACUUAGUGGAUUGUCAAGCACAGACGUGCUUUAAAAAUACCAUUGAUUUAAACUGACAAUAAAAACACGAUGGCCGUAGAAAGACUGGACUCUGAAGAGGUUCACCCAGAAUUUCCAGAAAAUGGCUUUGUGGCUACCGAAAAAGCUUCUUCGGGAGUGCUCCGUGAAUAUGACGAAUCUGUGGCGCCUUAUCUUGGGGGAUUUGGGAAAUACCAGAAACAACUAAUUCUUCUAACCUGGAUCCCCGCUUUGUUUAUUGGAUACAGCCAGAAUUCAGACUCUCUUCUUUUAGCCCAGCCCGGCUACACGUGUAAAUCUGUGGCUGUGAGUGUGGGAAAUAGGACAAUAAAUCCGGUUUCGUAUGUAAAUACAACAAAUGGCAGCAGGACUGCUUAUGUUCAUGGGAAUGACAGCAGCAACGAUAUCAAAAACGCAGACUGUCUGUGCAACGAUAGGAAAUAUAAUAUAAGCAUUGGGCUCGUACAAAACGUGGUCACUAAGUGGAACUUGGUGUGUGAUUCAACCUGGAAGGUCCACAUUGCCAAGUUUUCUCUACUGGUUGGUUUAAUCUUUGGAUAUUUGGUGAUGGGAGUCUUGGCUGAUUGGUUCGGACGGCAGCCUGUACUUAUUAUCUCCGUUAUUUUCAUGUUAAUCUUUGGACUAACUGUCGCUCUUUCUGUGAAUGUGACCAUGUUUAGCACACUGAGGUUCUUCGAAGGAUUUUGUCUAGCAGGAAUCAUUCUUUCCCUGUAUGUAAUGAGGAUUGAGAUCUGUGAUCCAGGAAACCGGUUUAUGAUGACCAUGGUGGCGAGCUUCAUUGCAUUGCUGGGGCAGCUUCUUUUACCAGGCCUGGCUGCCCUCUGCAGGGACUGGCAGGUUCUACAGGCAGUUAUCAUCUGUCCCUUCAUUCUCAUGAUCGCGUUUAUAUGCAUUUUUCCAGAAUCUCUGCGCUGGCUUCUGGCCACACAGCAGUAUGAGAAGUCGAAAAGCUUAAUUCUCCACAUCACCAAAAAGAACAGUGUGGAUACAGAGACUGACGUUAAGGAGAUAAUGCCUGAACUGGAAAGAGAACUUACUAAGAAGCCUAAGAAAACGUGUAUCGUGAAAAUGGUGGGGACUAGAAACCUAUGGAAGAACAUCUUGGUUCUCUGUGUAAACUCGCUCACAGGGUUUGGGAUCCACCACUGCUUUGCUAGGAGCAUGAUGAAAAACAAAUGGGAAAAUACUACAGCUUCACACAACAAUGACAUCCACAACAACAUGAUGCUCAGCAACUUCUACGCAGACUAUUACACUAUGGCGGGGAUUGCUGUGGCUUCCUGUCUGGCCAUGUGCCCUGCAGUGGGGUUCAUGGGCCGGAGGGGGGGCCUGCUGAUGUUUAUGAUCCUCACCGCCCUGGCCUCACUGCUUCAGCUGGGCUUCCUAAACUUAAUCGGGAAGUACAACCUUCAUCAUGAUACAGAUUUAAAAGAGACUAUCAACAGAAAGUUCUCCAUUGCCUUUUCCAUCAUAGGAAUGUUUUCAUCCCAUGCUGUCGGGAGCCUGAGCAUUUUCUUCUGUGCUGAAAUCACCCCCACAGUCAUCAGGGGUGGAGGGCUGGGCUUGGUUCUGGCAAGUGCUGGGUUUGGAAUGCUGACCGCCCCCAUCAUGGAGCUGCAUAACCAGAAAGGCUACUUUCUGCACCAUGUGAUUUUCGCCUGCUGCACCCUUAUCUGCAUUAUCUGCAUUCUGCUGCUGCCCGAGAGCAGGCACCAAAACCUUCCAGAGACCAUUUCGGAUGGGGAAGGGUACAUGCGACAACCCCUGCUGCCGCCAAAGAAGGGGGGCGAGCAGCCUCUUUUGUUAACAAACUCUGAGCUGAAGGAUUAUUCAGGGAUCCACGAAACUCCUGUCCGUCAUGCAGCCAGCUCUGAAAGCAACACAGCUAAUGUGGUGAAAUCCUCAUGAUUUGUUUGCCUCCCUGUGAAUCUAUAGUUUGUGGCUGAGGAAGCAGAUAUUGUUUUGCACUGGUCUGAACAACAACAACAAAAAACUAUAAUAAAAAUUACUGCUUUGAUUCAAUGACUUCAUUUGAUUUAGCUGAACACUGCUAACCAUGUCGGGUUCUUGUACAACCAUCACAUAUAAAGUGAAGGACGUGGCAGAUGUCAUUGAAGAGUGUUUUUUUAGGAUAAAACGAAUAUUUGUAAUGUGCAUUCGGGCUUAAUUUAUUGUUCGUGCUGAAUGUUCAAUCAACUGUGGAAGUGUGCCAUAGGGUUAAAUGCCUUUACUCAUCAUGUUGCCAGUUUUUAUUUGAAUGAUCUGGAAAUUCAGAUAAAUCAUGAAAGACUUUUCAUGCAUUUAAUAAACAAGGCAUUAAGUCCAAUGUGGUAAAACACAAAUUGAGUGGUGGUGGUUCAGUGAUCUCACUGGUUUAUUAAAUAGCGAUACCAUGAUUAAUCAUGAAAACUGGUGGUAUGGUACUGACAGCAUUUAACCAACAUAUAAAACACAUGACUGGGUUUUUGUUUUUAAAAUAAUAAUAAUAAAAUAAAAAAGGAUAGGCUAAACUUCAAACCCACUGGUUGAGCUGUAUAAUAUGUUGGGGCUGUUUGGGCAAUUUUUACAGCCAGUUGUAAGUGCUCUUGAGUGUUUUAUUGUGAUGUUACUGGUUCUGUUUUCAGGUCAUUAGUUUCAAACCACUCUUUACUGGAAUGUAAAAAAGAAUGUAGGAGUUGACAUUGUUUACUGUGUUAUUUCAAAGUGAAUUCUAUCCAACAUUGCACAUUUUACAAGUCAUGUGGUUAUGUUUGCUUGAAUAUUUGAGGAUUUGGUGAGAGCUUAUAGUACUUAAACACUUCUGAGCAAUUCUUGGUGAUCACAGGGUUUGUUUUCCCUCCAUAGCUGUUUAUAGAGCUCAACCUGCUGAACAGCUAAGGAAAUGCCACCCAUUACAAAGGUUAGGGAUGAGCAGAUCUUUAUUAAUCAAGCCACAAAUGCUCAUAUAUAAUAUGUAACACAAUACCUAGGCUGUCAAUGAGAAAAGGGGCCCAUUGUAAUUGAUUAUAAUAAAGCACAACUUUUUUCUUUAUUAUAGUUUGCAUUUUAGCAUACACAGAACAUGGACUGCCAAUAGAGCACUGUUCAUUACUGAAGCCAAGCUUGGGUGUUCUUUUCCUUACCCUCAACCUGAAAAACAUAGAUGUCAUAGGUGGGUUUGGUGGCGUACUUAAAUCUCAGGCCCACAUAUAGUUAAAAAUAAUAAUAAUAAUAAUAAUAAUAAUAAUAAUAAUAAUAAUAAUAAUAAUAAUAAUAAUAAUAA